AUGAGGAUGGUGCCACAGUCUAUUUUGAUGUGGUGUUUGUUGGCUGCUUUUUUGCACUGCGUUAUAAGCGCAACACUUCAGCUCAAUACUGAGGGAGAAAAGAAGCUGAGUGUUCGGCUACAGAGGGAUCUCUGUGUCCCCAAGAGAAGCUUAGAUUCAGCUGAGAACAAUGAUACAGAUUCAGCUGUCAUAGAGAAAAGUGAUCAACCUAGUAGGAGGGUGAAAAGGGGCUGUAAAUUGCUUACUUGCUCAGUACAUGAUCUGGCCCACCGCAUCAACCAGCUCAGUAGUACAAUGAACAGUGCCCCCCCGCACAAAAUCAGUCCCUGUGGCUAUGGCCGCAGACGGAGGCGUGCUCUUCUCCAGCGCUCCUCCGCUCCAGCACAAGGGGAGGGUCACAGAAUUCUCACCAUGCCUCAAACCCAGAGCUCACCUCAAAAACUGACUUAA